AUGAAGUCAGCAUGGAAGACAUUGUGGCCAGAAGCUGUCCCUGAAUGUGUAUUUGAGGAUGUUGAAGAGGAUGCUCCUAUUGUUGAGGAGAUUGUGUCUCUGGGAAAGUCCAUGGGCUUGGAAGUGAGUAGUGAUGAUGUUGAGGAGUUAGUGGAGGACCACAAGACGGAACUCACCACAGAAGAACUUCAGAACAUUCUGAAGGAGCAGCAACAGGCGGCAACUGAGGAAUUGUCUUCGGAGGAGGAGGAGGAGGAGGAGGAGGAGGAGGAGAGAAGAGACAGUGUUCCUACUGCACUGAUCAAAGAAAUGUGUGCAAAAUGGGUUGAAGUGCAAAGUUUUGUUGAAAAAUAUCACCCUGAUAAAGCUGCUGUAAGUCGUGCCACUAACACUUUCAAUGAUAAUGCUAUGUCUCACUUUAGACAAAUUUUAAAACACCGGAAAAAUCCUUUUUGUUCAGAUUUGUAAACUGCUAAGGGGGUUUAUGUUGAAAUAUGAAGUGGUACAUAAAUUAAGUAACUCCUCCUUGUGAAACUUGAAAGCCUCAUUAUCACCUCACUUGCCAAAACAAGGAGCAUCUGCCAGUCACCCUGGUGCUCCAGCAGAUGACACCAUUGCUCCAGCUCUGAAAGAAGUCCCAGAGCUGGGUUCCCCGUGGUCCACCUCUAUUAUGCACCACCAGUGGGGGACAGGGUGCUGACCUUCUGUUUCACUGCCUGCUUCAGUGACUGGUGAGUUCUGAGUAGGGAUCAAACAUGGGGGGGGGACCCAAGCUAGAGCUGUGUUUAGUAAAAGGGAAAAAAAGACUGACGGGGGGAUUAUUGCAAUGGUUUCAUUUUUAUUUAUAAUUGUAACCUGUCCUGGGACAUUAUGGCAAAGGGCAUGUAAAAAAUUAAAUAAAUAAAAGAGAGGCAAGGUUUUUGACGCAGCAUGGCAUUUGGUUAGGUUCAUAUGUCACCAGGGAGUAGGGAUGAAUUGUAGAAACAAGAGUCCACGAAAAGCCCAAGCCCUUGAAACUGAUUGCAAAGUCAGAUUGCAAACUUUAAUCCAAGCCCUUCUUCAAGGCUGCCUUUAACAGCCUCACAUCAUAGUGUUUCCCCACAAUAGCCAACCAGGUGACUCUGAGGCAAUUAGGCAAUAACCCACUCUCCCCCUUCAUGAUCCCUAGCAACCAGUACUUUAGGUUUACUGCCUCUGGACCCAGAAGCUUUAUUUUGCAGCUAAAUUUUAGCUACUCCUUACCUCCUGCUGCAAAGCCACGCAGCCCAGCACAGAAGGCUGAUUUCCAAGACCGUAAGGUCAAGCCAUCUUCUCACCAGCUGCUUUGCAGUCUAAUCUGCUAUUGCCAGGAAUUUUGCCGCCACUAUAUGAACUCCAGGAAUUUGUCAGCUUGUAAAUUUAUCCGGUGUGUAGACAAGCGGAUGGAUGGAUGGAGAUCCUUGCAGAUUAGCCAGGCAAAAUGGUAAAAGGGUGGAGGGGGCCAAAAUGGGGAGUUUACAGGGGAGGAAAAACCUUAGUGCCCAAUCCAUCUAGACAUCACUGCACGGAAAGACCUUCAGAGCCAUUGGAAUUAGGGUAGCCAUGUACCCUAUUUUAGAGGACAGUCCCUCAAUUUAAUGUUUGUAGGGCUGUCUGAUCGAAGUCUGGUUAAAAAGAGAAUCAUCAGAAGUGCGGGGGGGCAUGAAGUUGCCCAUCAGAGCAGGCGCACAGAGAUUGCUCCCCCCCCCCAAUCUCAACUUGUUCCCCACUAUGCUGAAACAUGGGCAUAGCUAGGCUUUUGUUGGGGGGCAGGCUUUUGUUAGGGGGGCAGAACCUCAAGUACUUUUAUUGGUUUAGGGGAGGCAGCUGCCCCCCCUUGGCUACGCCCAUGUGGUGAAACACUUGGGUUUACUAUUAUUACUCCUGCAUUUUCACAGAUAAGUAACAAGAACAAAACAACGUUAAAUGGUAACAUUCCAAGUCUUCUGUCAUUACAGGUGUACAAAUUGAGAGAGGAGAGGUUCAUUUUUUAUAUAAAAAACUAAUUGUCAUACUUUAGUCCUUAACCUCCGCCCUCCAAAAAACAACCACCACCUACCAUUUUUGUAUUGGGCUGGAAUGUAGUGAUCCUACUUUUUAAUGUUCUCAUACAAAAUAAAAUCCCACCAAUCUAAAACUCUGGGUCCACUGACCCGCUGCAUAAUUUCAACUGAUGCAUUAAUCUUUCUGGCAGGGUAAUUAAAUACUGUAUACAUAUAUGUACUGCAGCAAUAAUCUAUUGGUAAUGUUUGCAUCUUUCCAACCCUGAGGGAUCACCUGUCUGGCUGCUGCUAACAAAAUGUAAUGAGUUCCCUUGAAGGUAAAUUAGACUUGCCCCCUGAGAACACAGGUAGCAAACACAGAAUAGUAUCAUCUACCACUUCAUUGGCCUAUGGUGGCACUAAUUUCUUUGAAUACUAGCUUUUAAAAAACCUCUCAGAGCUUCAAUCCCUCUUCCCAGGGAAUUCUGGGAACUGUAGCUCUGUGAUGGGAAUAGGGUCUCCUAGCAAACCCAAAUCCACGAAAUUAAAAGACGCCUUCUCCUUGGGAGAAAGGCGAUGGCAGACAGCUUCUUAAAUAGCAGAGACAUCACCUUGCCAACAAAGGUCCGUAUAGUUAAAGCCAUGGUUUUCCAGGUAGUGAUGUAUGGAAGUGAGAGCUGGACCGUAAAGAAGGCUGAUCGCCGAAGAAUUGAUGCUUUUGAAUUAUGGUGCUGGAGGAGACUCUUGAGAGUCCUAUGGACUGCAAGAAGAUCAAAUGCAUCCAUUCUUAAGGAAAUCAGCCCUGAGUGCUCACUGGAAGGACAGAUCGUGAAGCUGAGGCUCCAAUACUUUGGCCACCUCAUGAGAAGAGAAGACUCCCUGGAAAAGACCCUGAUGUUGGGAAAGAUGGAGGGCACAAGGAGAAGGGGACGACAGAGGAUGAGAUGGUUGGACAGUGUUCUCGAAGCUACAAACAUGAGUCUGACCAAACUGCAGGAGGCAGUGGAAGACAGGAGUGCCUGGCAUGGUCUGGUCCAUGGGGUCACGAAGAGUCGGACACGACUAAACGACUAAACAACAACAAGCAAAUCCAAGCACCUGUUGUUGUUUUUAAAAAAACUAGUUCCCAGGAUUCUUUGGGGGAAGCCUGCUUAAAGUGGUCUAAUACUGCUUUAUAGCGUCAAUGGGGCCUAAGUAAGUUCCAGGCUCAUUCUCCCACAAAACGCAGGCUCCCAAAAGUACCCAAUUUACAUUUGGAAAUUACCCUUAUGCAACCCUUCCACUUCUGCCACACCAAUAGUUCAAAAGAUGUUAAUGAAUUCCUGCAUUGUAGAAGGCUGGGCCAGAAAACCCUUGGGUGCGCCUUCCAACUCUACAAUGCUAUGAUUUUAUGAAUGGGUUGUUUGUUCAGCAAUUGCUGGAUUCCAGAUAGAAAUUUUUUUUGGGUGGGGGCAACAACACCACUAGGCUACAUGAUUUGACAUUACUAGGCCGCUUGGGAAAAUCAGUUAGGCCUCUUGAUGUGUGUGUCACAUGUGCCAAUCAGGGAAUUUGUCCUUCCACCAGAUGAGUGGGAAUGAGGCUCUAAAUUUAAUUAAUAAAGGAAAGCCAGAUGGCAGCAAUUAGCAGAGCCCAGCCAGCAAUCCCGCUGUUUAUCUUACAUCAGUGGAAAGAACAGGGCACAGGAGAGGCGGAUGUAAUGACUGGGAUCCCAUCUGCAGCUUCCCUGUUGGGUGUUGCCUAUUGUGAAGGUAACACACGCACGCACACACGUGUGGAAAUCUCCAGGGUUUCCCCCUCCCCCACUUUCCCUUUCCCUCCCCCCUCCUUUUCUUUGCACGGCUUUUCCUUCCCAGGAGAGAAGGCAAAAGGAAGCCCUGCAGUGCCCACCCACGGCGGCAGGGGGGCGCCCGCGUGCCAGGCGCUGCGCCUCCUCGCCGCCGCUCCACAUGCCCAAAUAAGGGCAAAUCAGGUUGUGAGAAUCAGGGAGGCGCUUGAGGGUUUGGCUCGCGCGACGCCUUAUUUGGAAGCGAGAGAAGCGAAGAAGAAGGAGGGCGGGGGAGCAACGAGCGGUCCGGGCAGGGCGCGCGGAGAGGCAGGCAGCACCAACAGCAGCUGCAACGUGCACGCGCCUGUGUGUUGCAGAGAGGAAAAGGAGGGGGAGGAGGGAAGGACGCGCGCCCGGCUCGCCGCUACACAAGUCCCCCUUUGUCCCUGUCUGGUGCAUCUAUGCAAAGGCUUAGAAUUGCGUGCAUCAAAAGAUGCUGAAGCCUUCCUUCCUUCUUUCCUUCCUAGAGAUGGAGGGUGGGGGUGAAGGAGAUUUGCUGCAAUGCGGAGGGGUACUUCUCAUUUCUCUCUCUCCCCCCUCCAAGCCUUCCUUGAUCUCUGUUUCAAGUGCCUCCCCCCACCCUCGCAAACAGCAAAAAAGGGGCUGCUGCAGUGGCUAUCUGAUCCACGCUCUACAUCCAAUGCACAUCUAAAGUGCAUGCCUAUCUCUCUAUCUCCCCCCCCCCCGCCGCCUCCAAGAAUCCUGCGAAAGUUACAGGAUACUGGGAAUUGUAGUUGUUUGAGGCAGAAAAAAUUCCCCGGGAUUCUUUGUGUGUGUUGUAUUUUUUGCAUGUGUUUUAUAUGUAUGGUGUGCACCUACCCUGUGUGUGCCUGUGCCUCAUCUUGGGGGUUCCACUUAAAACACAGUUUUGGCACAAACAAGGGGGUGUCAAUAGCUGCAGGUGGGGGAGGCCUUGUAGCCCUCUCUCCCUCAACGAAGAACCUCUCUCUUUUUAAUUAAUUUUUGCAAAGGAUAAGGAAACAGUUGUUGCGGCCUUCUCUCUGGCAGUGCAAACUGAGGCAUGCCUACUCUGAAGUAAGGAAGGCCUAUUUGAGUUUAGUGAGCUUUAACCCCAGGCAAGUUGGGUCCAAGGUGCAACACAGAAUGAAUCAACCGCCUCUCUCUUUGAGAAUCUUUUUUAAAGGCCUUUUUGGAAAUGGGAAAGAGCUAUGAAGAUGCUGCAACAUGAUCUAGGUGUGUGUGUCUGUGUUCAAAUGUGUCUAGUCAGAAGUAAAGCCAAUUGACAGCCAAUGGGGCUUCCAAGGUAUGUGAGUCCUCAAAAGGCUCAGUCCCAGCAAAAGCAAUGGGUGCCUCCCAGCAUCUUUGCCUGGCCCUCAGGACUCUCCCCAACCCUCUCUCCAGGCCUCACCCCUCAUCAGUCCUUCCCCUUGCCCACAUUUGAGUGUUUCUUGACCCCUGGAAUGUGUUUGUGAAGAGUGGCAAUGCCUCUUGCUGGCCUGGAUGGAGAGGUGUGAAACCUGUGGCUGGAAUGUAGUGCUCUGCUUUCCUUUGGACCACAUCAAUGAUGCUAAGAGGAGGGUAUUGCCGUCUGGGCAGUACAGGACCUCCAUACACACGACUCAGGCUUGUGCCCCAGGGAGGUCAGUUCACUUCUUGUUGUUUAGUCGUGUCCGACUCUUCAUGACCCCAUGGACCAGAGAACGCCAGGCACUCCUGUUUUCCACUGCCUCCCGUAGCUUGGUCAAACUCAUGCUGGUAGCUUCGAGAACACUGUCCAACCAUCUCGUCCUCUGUCGUCCCCUUCUCCUUGUGCCCUCCAUCUUUCCCAACAUCAGGGUCUUUUCCAGGGAGUCUUCUCUUCUCAUGAGGUGGCCAAAGUAUUGGAGCCUCAGCUUCAGGAUCUGUCCUUCCAGUGAGCACUCAGGGCUGAUUUCCUUCAGAAUGGAUAGGUUUGAUCUUCUUGCAGUCCAUGGGACUCUCAAGAGUCUCCUCCAGCACCAUAAUUCAAAAGCAUCAAUUCUUCUGCGAUCAGCCUUCUUGAUGGUUCAGCUCUCACUUCCAUACAUCACUACUGGGAAAACCAUAGCUUUAACUAAAGACAACAGUUCGCUUAGGUGCUGCUAAUCAUGUAUCGGCUUGGCUUCACCCCUGGAAGUGCAGACAGACGGAUGCCAACAACAGUAUGAGAGUCCAUUGCGCAACCACUUUUGCUUCUGGCCCUGGGAAGGUUGUAUGCAAUGGACAGUGGCCCUUAAAGUGAAAUAGAUUCUCUGCCCCUACUAAUAUGCAGUUUCCUGGGACUAAGACCCAUUAAGUGCUAUGAAUUAAUCAGCAGGCUGUUCCUUUGGGCCUCUCUCUUGGAAAAAGAGAAGGAUCAGGGAAACUAUUGCUCUUUGUAAGUCAUUGGACUCCCAACUUCCAUUAGCCCCAACCAGCAUGCUCAGUUGGUAAGGGAUGAUGGGAUGUGUAGUCCAGCUACAUCAUUGGAGCCUGCCCCCACCACAGGUUCAAAACAUCCCCUUCCAACCAGCCCCAAAAUACCGGCCCUCAGAGUAAGAAACAGCGAUUAAACUGCAAAAUAAUAAACGAAUGAUGCAUUAAAACCGCCACCAUCUGUGCACUGUAGUAGGAUUUCCAAUCAAUCAGAAAAUAAAAUGGGCCAUUAGGUUUUAUAAGCAGAAAUCAAAAUAUUUGCAGAUCAAAUGACUAUAAAAACAGGAACAGGAAGCAGUAAAAUGAGCAGCAACUCUACUCAGUCAGCAAUUCCAUUGAGAGGGUCUAAUUACCAUAGGGCAGACCCACACCAUAGGUAUGCUAUAGGAAAAUAAGGUAUAAAGCACAUCCAAUGCACAUUUAAGCACAUCGCUUCAACCAGAGAAUCCUGGGGGCCUGCCUCACAGAGCUACAGGUCCCAGCAACUGUAAUAAAUUACAGUUCCUACCAUUCUUUGGUGGAGGUCAUGUGCUUUCAAUGUGUAUUGGAUGUGCUUUCAAUGUAUGGGGUGGAUCUGCUCGAAAUCUACCAUUUUAAUGUAAUUUCUUUUUCCAGGGACAACUUUUCUAAGCUUUGUGCAAGUGAGCCCUUUGUUUAUGAGGCUAUAAAGAAGAAAAUUUCCUGUACAUUGUAGGGCAGGACUGGGGAACCUCUUUGCGCCCCACCCCCAGGCCUCACCAGGCCUUCUGUGCCAUUUCCAGCCUCGCUGGGGGAAAGCAUUAUCCCUAACCACUGGCCAUGCUGGCUGUGGGGGGAGCUGGAGUCCCAGCAAUACCUGCAGAGCAUUUCAUUGGCUACUGAAGUCCUCAUGGAAAUCCAACAAUGUUUUAGUUUGAAUUUUUCCUAACAUACACAUAUUUGUGUGCAAUUUUGCCCAAUUUUUACAAAGGACUUUUCCCUUUAUGCAAUGCAUUUUUGUGCACUGUUUUCACUAGUUCAUGCACACUUUACCCCCAUAUUGUUUUGGAGAGUGUGCAUCAGGCAGGUUUAUCUAACAGUGCGAAUGGAAUGGCAUCUCUCUCCCCCCCCCCCCACCUUCCUAGCACUGAUGCCGUUGUGCCCUUCAAACUACCUCCUCUUUAAGCCGAGCUAUUUUCCUGCUGGCAGACGUGGAUCUUUUUUCUCCAGGCUUUUUAUGUUUUCCUAAAAUGGGCAUAUAAUUUAUGAGUGCCUACUCUGUCUCACUCGCUCGGCAAUCGUCGGAGACCAAAGAAUUUCCCUCGCCUUCUAUUUCCAGAGCAAAAAAUCUCUUCAGAAUUUCCAGUUCGGUUUUCUCCUCUCUUUUCCCUCCUUAUUCUUUUUAACCAAACCAUGGGAAAUUAAAACUGGAGGUGCUGAGGAGGGGUGGGGGGUGGUGGUUGGAAAUCAAAGCACAGAACAAAUGUGUUCCUUUUAGCUUCCCUCAGCCUUUCAUUCCCUACACCCCCUGCCCCAGCGUGUGGCUAGGAUCUCUGCUGUUGAGUUAUGCACAUUCUAGUGCUGCCAAGUAAUUUGAACGUGGGUGUCUUGAUCCUAGGCACCUCGCAGCCAGUCCCUUAGCUCAGUGGUAGAGCAUCUGUUGAAGUUCCUGGGUUCAAACCCCUGUAUCUCCUGUUAGGGUUGGUAGAGACCCUUCUAGGAAAUUCUGGGGCCUUCUGCCUGCACAGCAGAUGCUCUGCGGUGACCCCCGGCUCUUCCAAAUCAAACAGGAACACAGGAAGCAGACUUGAACUGAGUCAGACCCAUGGGUCCAUCUAGCUCAGCAUUGUCUACACUGACUGGCAGCAGCUCUCCAAAAUUUCAUAGGAGGGUCUCUACCACCUGGAUUUUAAUGCUCCUCUACCCCUCGUUUUGUUUUUAUUUUGCUUUAAUUUUCUUACUGUUUAAAUGGAAUUAUUAUUAUUUUUGGUUAAAUUUCCUCAGGGGCCCCUGUUAGGACCAAAUGGUAGCAUGAAAAUGUUUUCAUCAAUAAAUGCCCUUGCUCCAGCUUACUCUAGACACAUGUUGCUUGAAGGAUGAGGCCAGGAAUUAGGCGUGCACAAUCUGUAGACAUUUGCCUCAAAAAGAAUCCUUGACUGUUCAAGAAGCCUUGAAUUCUAUUAAACCCCCAAACAUCCUUUCAAACGCACAUUUUUUUUAUUCGACCACUUGGACUCCGUCUCCUAUCCACCCCUGUGGGAGACCUACAAGCCUGCCCUAGUGUGGCUGGGGGGAAAAAAGCCCUUAACUUCCAUUUUUAAAACUUCAAACAGUUUGAAGAGAAACUGCAACCAUUAAACUGCAAGAGGUUCAUUGCUAUCAUGUGGGUUGAAUGGGGAGGAGACAAAGCAGUUUUGAAACCCCACCACAUGUCUUUAUUGGCUUGCCAAUGUUGGACUCUGUUAACAUAAAAGCAUAGAAUUGUAGAGUUGGAUGAGGCCCUGAGCAUCAACUAGUCCGGUGUUUCCCAAAAUUGGGUCUCCAGCUGCUUUUGGACCACAAUUCCCAUCAUCCUUGACCACUGGUCUUGCUGUCUAGGGAUAAUGGGAAAUGUAGUCCAAAAACAGCUGGGAAGCCAAGUUUGGGCAACACUGGCUAGUGUCCCGUACCCCCGCUGCAAUGCAGGAAUCGCAACUAGAGCACCCAUGGCAGUUGGCCAUCCAGCAACAACUGUUUUGUGAAUUACCACUGUAUAUUACUUUUUAUUCUUAUUUCUUCCCUCCCCUUUCUCCUGAAGGAGUUCAAGGUAGCACACAUUAGAAAACAGACACAACCAAAAACAAAAUACCGUAUUUUUUGCUCUAUAAGACUCACUUCCCCCCCCCCCUAAAAAGUAAGGGGAAAUGUGUGUGUGUCUUAUGGAGCGAAUGCAGGCUGUGCAGCUAUCCCAGAAGCCAGAACAGCAAGAGGGAUUGCUGCUUUCACUGCGCAGCGAUCCCUCUUGCUGUUCUGGCUUCUGAGAUUCAGAAUAUUUUUUUUCUUGUUUUCCUCCUCCAAAAACUAGGUGUGUCUUGUGGUCUGGUGCAUCUUAUAGAGCGAAAAAUACGGUAAGUUAAAACUAAAACAGUCAAACUGCUACUCCAGCAGAAAAGGAAUAGCAGGCUUAUGACAACAAUUGUCCUCCAAAGGCCAAGAUAAACAAAUGUGUCUUAAACACAUGCCAAAAUACUGACAGUGCGAAGGACAAGCAUAAGCGAUAGUAUGGGUGAGCCACUUUAGGCUUAGCAAAUAUGGCCCUCCAGGCAAGACUUAAAGCGUAGCCACUUGUGGGACUAGUAGUGGUAUCUUCAAGGGUAGCCCCAUGUAGAAUGCACUGCAGUAGUCCAGUCAUGAAAGGCUUGCUGAAACGCAGCUGUCCUGGUCCAGGAAUGGGGAUAGCAGGCAAACCAGCCAGAGCUGGAAAUAAACACUUGCUGCUGAAACCACCAGUGACAGCAAUGGAUCCAUGAUCAUUCCCAAGCUAUUGUCUUCCUCAUUCCCAGAUAUAGGAAUUGCCUGUCAUUAGUGCUAUUGCUGGCAUUCAGUUGCAGUUUAUUGGCCUUCAGAAAGUGGUCCAGCACUUGUACAGCCUCCCCUGAUUUAGAUGGAGAGAUAGAGCUCCCAGGUUCCUGGAAGACUGCUCCCAACAGUAGCAUAGGAGGCAAAAUAGACGGACCCCCUGAGGGAUCCCAAUGCCCCCCAAACCAUGCGGCCAAGAUGCAGUUAUUCCAGCUCUACUUUCUGGUAGGAGCAGAGCCACUGUAGAGCAGGGCCUCCAAGUCGCAACCCCAAAUCGUUCCAGAAAGAAAGUGUAGCCAAUGGUGUUGAAAGGCAUGGAGAGAUUGAGGAGAGCCAACAGGGAUCUGGCUCUCUCCAGUCUCUCUCACAAUAAAGGUCAUCAGGCAGGGUGACCAAGGGUUUUCCAUUGCCAUAAAAAGGCCUGAAGCUGGAUUGAAACAGGGCUAGAUAAUCUGCUUCAUCUAGGCAUGUUUGCAGUUGGUCAGCCACCACCCUUUCAACUACAUAAUUAUCUGCGUCUCUGACCUCACUGAUUGCAAUACAAGCACACCUAAGCACACACAGGUAGCUCAGGAUUACACUCCACGCAACCUGGUGCAGUGGACUUCAAUCCACUAUAGUUUGUGCCAUGGUAUAUUUCUUGGUCUUUAACACAUCACAUGAUCUUUGCUGGUUUUGCCACAGGAGACCAACAUGGUUGGCCAUCUGGAGAUAAUAUUAUCACACCAAGAAAGGGGAGCAUGUUGGCCUCCAUAUGUUUGUUGAACUAAAUCUCCCAUCAUUCCUGGCACUGGCUUGCUGUGGCUAGGGCUGAUGGGAGUCUAGUAACAUCUGGAAGGCCACAGAUGUUACUCUCUCCUUCUUUACUCUCUUACUGUUGCUUCUUAUUAUUACUCAGUGCUUUUUUCUGGGGGGAUGCAGGGGUAUGUAUACCCCUAAACAUUUUGUGAAUCUUUGUACUUUGUAGUGAUGAUUUUCUUGAGUCAAAAUGAGAGUACCACUAAACACUUUGUUUAGAAAAAAGGACUAUUUACUUAUUACUAAAUACAGUGGAUGCUCGGGUUGCGAACGUGAUCUGUGCGGGCGGCAUGUUUGCAACCCACAGCGUUUGCAACCCGCAGUGCCGUGUCUGCGCCUGUGCAGGUUGCGAUUCAGUGUUUCUGCGCAUGUGCAAAGCGCGAUUUAGCGCUUCUUUGCAUGCGCAACUACUGAAACCCAGAAGUAACCCGUUCUGGUACUUCUGGGUUUCGGCAGGUAAAGGGCCCCCUGACCAUUAGGUCCAGUCGUGGCCGACUCUGGGGUUGCGGUGCUCAUCUCGCUUUAUUGGCUGAGGGAGCCGGUGUACAGCUUCCGGUAACCUGAAAAAAAUGCAACCUGAAGCAUCUGUAACCCAAGGUAUGACUGUACAACAUAAUAAUUCCUAGAUAAAACACAAGAUCUUUCUGCUCCCUUCUAUCUCUGUGACACUUACCCCCAGUCCUUUAUUUCUGGAAAAAAGGUGGGGGAACUCAACAUGAAGUUUGUUUUGUUUAUUGCAGGUCUAGUCACAGUGCCCCCCCCCAACACGGACAGUGGCUAAAUGUAAAAUGUGAUUAAUAAAGUCAAGCAGACAAUAAUCUGGAUUGGAAAUGGCCACAACUUUAUAGAUUACAGCCAUUGGGUGUGUAUCUGUUCCUGCACCCCCAGACAAAAAAUAUAUAUUUCAUUUUUAAAAGGUAAGGGAACUCAGUUCCCCCGAGUUCCUGCUCAAAACGCCUCGCGCUUGCCGAAUGUGGCCCUCCAGAGGUUGACUAGACUCCAGCUGCCAGCAUCCCCGGCAAUCAGCCCAGGCUGGCUGGCAUGGAUGAUGGGAACUGGAGUCCCAGCGGGCGCAGGUUCCCCCACUCCGGCCUGUCACAGUGAACUACGUUUCCCAGGAUUCUUGUGGGGGGUGUCGGGAAAGGGAAAGGCCAGUGGAAAGGAGACGAGGCCUUUUGGGGGGGGGGAGAGAGAGGGGGGGAGGACUCGGUUUCCCAUGGUACAUCGCGCUGCCGGACCGGAAGCGGCUCCUCCUCGGGAGGCGCCUUAAAGCGGAAGCGUCGUGCCGGGGCGGGGCUGCAGUUCCUUUCGGGCCUCGCUUGACGCGCAGACGGAGUCGGAGCCGCCGCCUCGGAGAAGGAAGCAGCAGUCGACGCCGACGCCGCACCACCAGCAGCAGCUCCGAGCGCGAAGAGCACCGCCGACGCCGCGCACACCUUCUCUUCCUCCUUCACCUUUCCCUUCGUCGCCUGCAGCACCAUGGUAAGACCCGGCGCGGCCCCUCUCCUCCACCGCCCCCCCACCGCCCGCCCCACACACCGGGCCGCCAUCUUGUCUCCCGGCCGCCAUUUUGACGGGGGCUCUCGGGGGCCCCUUUCUCCCCGCCCCACCUGGCUUUGGCGGCGAAGGUGCCUCUGUGGCUCGAUGUAGCCCCCCCCCCCGCUUAGCCCCUCGCCGCAUUCUGGCAGUCACAUGGCCAGUCACAUGGGGAGGAGCUAUUUUCUGUAGUGGGAGGGGGAAGGGAAGCCCCUCAUCCUCCCAAUCUCCUCACCCUCCCCCCACCACACCCGACCUAUAUAUCACCCUUCUGACGGGGUAUGAUACUGGAUGGAAUCUUCUUUUUUUCCUUUUACACCCCCCCACCAUUUUGUAGAGCUGGAUGAGAGAGGGUAGAACCCAGGACCCCCAUAAGUGUGGGGUGUGCAAAUGCCUUCCGAACCUACAUUGCCCUUUCUUGCUUCUUAAAAUGACUUAAUUUGAAAGACCUGCGCAGAGGGAACUCGCUGCCCUUAUCCUUUCCCGGUCCUCUGUUCUUUCCCUGCCGCCUCCGUCCCUCCCGCUCUUCCUCUCUCCCUCCCUUUUCCACAGCAGCUUCUCUCUACGGAGAUGCAGGUUGAAAGGGAAGAGGGAUAUAUAGAGGAGCCUAUUGUGUGUAAGUCCCGGCGCGGGGAGGGGGGAGUCAAGACUCACGUGGCUGGGCAUUGCAGCAGUUUUAUCCCCCACCCCACUCAAAAGGCCUGGAUAAAACUAUUUGCUCCCUCUCCAAAGAGCAGGUUCUAAAUGCUGGCUGAAUGUGGCACCUCUCCUAAAAUGUCUAUCAAAUGACACUCUCAGGCUUGUGGUUUAUAUCCUUCCUGCAGCGAGGAGCUGGCCUGCCAAGAGACUCCUUAAUAGUGCUGGCGAGAAAUUCCUGGGCUCUUGAUACUCUCACCUUUUUCUCCUCCCCUUCCCCUUGCCAAAAUUGCUCUCUAUUGCCGGUUGUAAAAACGCACCCCCUUUUUCACUUCCCAAACUCUGAACUGGACAGGCUGCUUCCCUUGCCCGGGAUUUGCACCCCUCCUAAGAGAUCCCGUGUUGUUUCCCAGCUUCUGCUGGUGACAAUAGAUCUCUCCCUCUCUUAAGAAAAACCACAGUCCUGAGCACGCAUCUCCUGAAUGCUGCCACUUAACCUUCUCUCCUCUUCCCCCCUCCUCCCCCCCCAUCCCCUGCGACACAAGUCUACUUCCUUUUCUGGUGUUGGAGGCAGGAGGCCAAGCACCUCCCUCCAGACUGGCGGCUUUGGGGCACCUGCUGUCUCUGCUCUUGCAUUCUGUGCUUUUCCCACCCCAGAAAGCUAGUGCCAGAUUCCCAGCAUCUCUGCUCCUGGCCUCUCCUGGGGGCAGGCAUGGAACCUAGGAGAUUUUUCUUUUAAAAAAACACUCCCUAGUUGGUUUAUUUCCAAUUCUGGCUGUUAAAUCGCCCAUAUAUACCACUCCCAAUCCUGCCUUCCAUCAUCAUCCUAACCUUAACCUGAAUCCAUUUCCUUCUAUCUCUUCAUUUUAGUGAUGGGAAUUUCUGACUCUGUUUAAAAGGUCAAUUGGAUGGGCCCCUCUUUGUGUGUGUGUGUGUGUGUGUGUGUGUGUGAGAGAGAGAGAGAGAAGUCUGCCCCAAAUUCACUGUCUAGUCAUUUGAAGAAGUCCUUGUAAAAAAAAAAAAAAAAGUUUUAUGUGGCUUAACUCCAGAUGACUCUGUUGGAGUCAGUUUCUUCACAGAACCUGCUCUGACCAGGAUAGGGAAAGGCAUCUAGGUUUAGGCUCUGGAAUCUCGUCCAUAACUGCCUGGGGUCAGUAGCCGGCCAAAAUUUGUGGUUGCCUUAAACCUUUUCCUCUUCAUUUCCUGUAGGGAUGGGGAGUUUGAGGCUUAUCUCUAUUGCACAUGUGCUUUGAAGUUGCCUCUGCAGCGCAAGAUCAGGGAGAAAAUCUCUGCUCCCCAGUUCUGAGCUCAGGAAGAGGGUGGGGGCUGGUCUGUGUCAUGCUCUACUUCCGAAGCACUCAGAAGGGGGGGGGGAAGAGCAGUGAUGGCUCAUGCUUUACAGAGUUUGAAAGGAUUCUUAUGGCAAGUGAGUUUGCGGAUCCAUUUUUGAGCCUUUGCUAAUUUGCAUGGGUAAAUGUAAGUUCUUCUGGAUUAGCCUGGAUGUCAUUCUGAAUAGCUUAGUUUGUUAGAUCAUGGAACUGAUAACGCCAAGGUUGCAGGGUUCAGACACCGUAUGGGACACCAGCAUAUUCCUGCAUUGCAGAGGGUUAGACUAUAUGGUCCUCAGGGUCCCUUCCAAAUCUGUGAUUCUAUGGAUCAGACCAAAGGCCCAGUCAGCCCAGCAUCCUGUUUUUCCACAGUUAAGCAGGCCAUGAGGGCAACCUGGUGUUUCUCUCCAGUGACUGAUAUUCAGGCACAGUUGCACCUCUGAACAUGGGCGGGUCCACAUAGUCAUCAUGUGUGGGAAGCUAGUAAUAUUGUCUAAUCCCUUUCAAAGCCAUCUGGGCUAGUGCACAUCACCACAUCAAGUGGCAGCGAAUUCUGUAAAUGAAUGAUGCACCACACGAAUAAGUAUUUUCUUUAUCCGUCCUGAUUCUCCUGCCAUCUGGUUCAUUGGAUAACCCAGAGAUCCAGUACUAUGAAAGUGGGAGGGAAUGCAUCUUAUUCUCUCUCCCACAUGUGGAGGCUUUGGUGUGGCUAUUGGCUGACUCCUUUCCCUUCUCCCUCCCUCCCUCCCUGGGCAGGCAUCUGGCGUAGCCGUCUCCGAUGGAGUUAUCAAGGUCUUCAAUGACAUGAAGGUGCGCAAAGCAUCCACCCCAGAAGAGGUGAAGAAGCGCAAGAAAGCUGUGCUCUUCUGCUUGAGCGAAGAUAAGAAGAACAUCAUCCUGGAAGAGGGGAAGGAGAUCCUGGUGGGGGAUGUGGGGGACACCAUUGAUGACCCUUACCUCUACUUCGUCAAGAUGCUGCCGGACUGUGACUGCCGCUAUGCCCUUUACGAUGCCACCUAUGAGACAAAGGAAAGCAAAAAGGAGGACCUUGUCUUCAUCUUCUGGUGAGGACUCCCUCCUAAAAACAAAACAAACUAAAGCCUACUCUGGGGCUACUGCCAGGCCACCCCAUAUCCCCUGCCCCCAGGCUCCCCCCCUUCCCCGUACUCACGGAAUCAUGUUGAAGAGUAGUUCUUUUGGCCAGAAAAAUGCUACCAAGCAAAUGCAAUCAGAGCAGAGGGUCUGGUGUGUUUGGAACCCUUUGUUGGAGGUUACUUCCCUGGCUACUUUUUCCGAGCUGGACACGGAUUCUAUCUGCUCCAGCCAUCCCCCUCCCCCAGUCUAGCCUUGCUUCCAGAUCUCAUGAAAAGGCUUAUUCACGACCUGUCUUGCCACUCUUCUUCCUGGGUGUCAAACCAAGGGCUGUUGAUGCCUUGGAAAGAGUUGAGAGCAACCCGCUGGAGAAGAUAGCAAGUGAUUGAGCUUGGCUGAGGGCUCUAGGAUUUCCAUGGCAGAACUCGAGGAUUUCACUCCGGGCACCUUAGUUCUUUUCAGAGUUGACAAUGGGGGCAGAGCUGCUUUGAUGUGGCUUACCUGGAAGUCCUAGGGAUAGGGGUAGAUCGCUGCCUCAGGCACCUUCAGUGCUUCCUGGCACUGUUGCCAUGAUAACGUGGGGUUAAAGUCCUUUUAGGGAAGCAUCCCUCCACAUGUAUGCACCCGCCUCCCGUAUACCUGGGAUGCGGAGAAUAGAAAUCCGUUGCCAAGCAGUUCAGUUUGUGCCCAUAUCAAAUUGUGGCAUGGCAACAGUACAACCAUUUUAAACACCCUGUAUAUCUCAGGUAAGGGGGGGGUAUAAACAACCCAGGAAUGAGAGGCAAUUGUUGCCCUACACAGUGUGCAAGGAAAUUUGGGCUGUCCUGUUGUAGUCUUCAAUUUAAAAGGCUGUAGGUCAUGGAAUCUGUAGCACAGAACUGGGGAAACCUGCGCCCUCAUGAUGUUCCUGGGCUAAACUCACCAUUGGCCAUGCUGGCUGAGACCGAAGGCAGUCCAACAACAUCUGGAGGACCACAAGUUCCCCCACCCUCUGUUCCAGCAGGUGAGGGGGGAAAUGUCUUUGUCCCAGGAUUCCGUUUGAGGAAGUGACUCCAUUAGGCAUAUGGAUGACGUGGCUGCUGCUAUACCCUUAGGCAUCUUCCCUCCUCUAUCCUUGUCCGCUCCUUGAGCUGUUUUCACCCUGUUCAGACUAACAAGGGAGGAUAUAUAUUUGUUAUUCCCAUGGGAAUUGGGGCUGGUCACGCUCCUGAUGUUGAGGUUGCUGUUUUGUCUCCCCGCAGGGCGCCUGAGUGUGCCCCCCUGAAGAGCAAGAUGAUCUAUGCCAGUUCUAAGGAUGCCAUCAAGAAAAAAUUAACAGGUGAGAGCUGGUGCGGUUGCCUCUUUCACACCAGGGGGAUAGGAGUUGGGGACUGGACUGCUGUAGCUCAGCAGUAGAGCACAUGCCUCUUACGCAGAUGGCCCCACGCUGGAGGUAGAGCUGGGAGGGGAGUCGUGUCUGAAAUACUGGAGAGCUGCCAGUCAGUGCCACUGUAAUUACUGUCUGUGUAGUGAUUAUUGUAUAUGCUUGUGUAAAAGCUGACUUUUUCAGAACAUUUUUUAUGCUGAAAAAGCCCCCUACGGCUUAUACUUGAGUGAGGGUCCCCUUUGCUGCUGUUGGCAGCGGAGGAACAAGCAGCCCUUUUGGGCUGCUUGUUCUUCCUCUGCCGCUGCCACCAUUGGCCUCUGCCUCUCAGCAGCACGCUAAAUAGGCAGGGGGACGGUAGGGGCUGGGGGGGAAGAGAAGCCCCCUCUGCCGUAUGCAUGCGCACGCACACACACGCACUCCGGCCCACCAGGAGGUUUGUGGUGUGGUGAACUAGAUUAUACUCGAGUCAAUAAGUUUUCCCAGUUUUUUGUGGUAAAAUUGGGUGCCUCGGCUUAUAUUCAGGUUGGCUUAUACUCGAGUAUAUACGGUAAUUUUGCAAGAUGCUUUUCUCUUGUGAUUGCCUCUCUGCAACCAUCUUGGAGGGGCAGAAACUGACCUUGUGAGAAUCAAAUUGACACUGGCCUCUGCUUUCCUGUGCCAUGGUCCCAUCUGCAAUAAGGCUUCCCCCUCUCCCAAAAUGGAGAGAAGGCCUUCACUUGAUCAGAAGUGGCAAGUGGUAGGGCCCAAAGUUUAAGACUUGGUAGUACUGUGCUCAGAGGCUCAUAGAGCAGGGAUGGCCAGGCUAUGGCCCCCCCAAUAUGUUGCUGGACUGCUAUUAGCCACAGCCAGCAUAAGCAGGUAUGCUGGGAGUUGUCCAGGAACAGGUACCACCCUUCAUUUAGAGGUUUGAGCCUCCCCAGCAAUGUUUCAGUUAAUAUCAUUGUGGGUUGAAUCCAGAGUUAAGUUGGCAAUGUUGAAAUCAAUGGGACAGAUUUAGACAUUGAUUCAGCCCUAUGCAUCUUUGAAAUGCCCUUAAAAUGGCUGUUAACAAUGUAGUGGUGAAAUAUUAAUUUAAUAGUAAUUUAUUAUUUAUACCCCGCCCGUCUGGCUGGGUUUCCCCAGCCACUCUGAGCGACUCCCAACCAAAUAUUAAAAACAUGAUACAGCAGUAAACAUUAAAAACUUCCCCAACCAGGGCUGCCUUUGCUUCCUGAAUAAACAGUUGAUUGGGCUGAAACCCUACUUUUGGUCCCUUCUAUGUUGCCUUCUCAUUCACCUUCACUCUCAUUGUCUGAAAACAGCAUGCUAAUUCCCACAACUGUUUCCCAACUUUGUACUGGCCCACACUUCUCUCCACCUGAAAUUGACUUGACCGCUCUCCCCAAUCUGACCCUCCUCCCUGCAUCUGAAUAGCAGCUAAGCAGACUGAAAGACUUUUCAGAUGCUACAAAUGGAGCGUUGAGACAAAGAAGUCCAUCACUUCAUAAGUUUCUUGGGCAGCCUUCGCUAGCCUGAUGUCCCACAGAUGUUUCAGGAUUGCAGCUCUCACCAGCCCCAGCUUGCCGGGGACUGUAGUCCACGAUCUUCUGGAGGGUACCAUUGGUGGAGGCUGUUCUUGAGAGCUUUUUCCAGCUGCCACCCGACAGUGACUUUGGCUGUGCAAAUUGCCAGUGCAAUUUGUGCCUGCUACAAAUUGCAGAGGUGGUGGGUUGUUGAGACUGGGGAGCUGUGGUGGUGGACCAAAUACAGAGAUUGGGAUUAAAGGGGUGGAUAACAGAUGUGUGGGGGGGGGGAGGCAUUGUUGUUCUUCAGCCUUUGUUCUAUCUCUAGUAGCUGCUAGUGGGGAAGGGGUGCUGUUUGAUCUGGGGAUCGGCCUGUUGAAUUGGCUGGGCAGGAAUACAUGAUGGAGGUCUGCAAGAGCCACUCAUGUCCCCACCUCUUCCCUUGCAGGGAUCAAGCACGAGUUGCAAGCAAACUGCUACGAGGAAGUCAAGGAUCGCUGCACCCUUGCGGAGAAAUUGGGCGGCAGUGCCGUCAUCAGCUUGGAGGGCAAGCCCUUGUGA